AUGCCUCUGCUGCUGCUUGACGGAUCCCCGGAGGACGUUCUCGAUGAUGACUCCAACAACACAAAUGCAAACACACCAUGCCAGGCUGCGGUGCUGACGAAAUUGUCUUUUCAGGUUCUCGCCGUCGAUCUUCUCAACCCCAGCCCGGCUGCCGAGGCUAAGAAGCACAAGCUCAAGACUCUGGUCCCUGCUCCCCGCUCCUUCUUCAUGGACGUCAAGUGCCCCGGUUGCUUCACCAUCACCACUGUCUUCUCCCACGCCCAGACCGUCGUCAUCUGCCAGGGUUGCACAACUGUCCUCUGCCAGCCUACCGGUGGUAAGGCCAGACUUACCGAGGGCUGCUCUUUCCGCAGAAAGUAG